AGUCUCUCACUCCUGGUAUAUUUCAAAGUUUCUGUCAACCUGUGCACAAUCCCACCCGAUCAUUUUCUACUGACGAAAGCGACUCAACGGCGGAUUUCUGGGAAUUUAAAAUCUUUGUCAUUGGGCGGUUGAGACGCGAGCAUCGUUACGUUAAAGGUUUAGAUAUCAUUGCUCAAGCUGUAGCAUCUUUAGGAGAGAAGUUUAAGUUGACAUGUGUUGGCGCUCCGGCAGGUCAACAGAGAGCAAUUGAAAAAUGGUUCGUCAAGGAGGUGGGAAUCGAUCGGGACCAAUUAACAAUCCGUGGUUUUUGCGGCCGAGAAGAAUUGAAGGAAAUGCUCUGGCAAGCGGACUUGGUUGCCUUACCCUCCCGUGUAGAAGGGUUUGGACUCACUGCACUCGAAGCAAUUUCUGCUGGCGUCCCCGUCCUCGUUUCUGGUCAAUCCGGCAUAGCGGCAGCUCUCCAGAAGGUAAUAGGUGGGAGAGAUGUGAUUGUUUCAUCUAAGGAGCCCCAGGAAUGGGCAGAGAGGAUUCGGCAGUUGUCCCUCCAAGACCCACAAGCGAGAAAUGACAAUGCUUUGCGACUGAGAGAAAAUUAUCAGCAGACUUACCCUUGGGCGAAGGAAUGCGGCAACUUUGUUAAGCUGAUCAAGGAUCUUCUCGAAGCUGAUCCUACAUCCAAUGAGGAGAAUUGUGGAAGUUCAUGGCAAGUGCAAAAUUCAAACCAGAGUGGUGUCCCUCCACCUUUUCCACCAGUCCAAAGACCACUGAAAGAGGUGCAGAACAGAGGGAGAGAGGUACAUGAAGCUUUCCUUGACCCUGUUCUCUUACAAAGAGAACUGUGGUGGCAUCUCUGUUUCCUCUUUGGUCCUCGUACACAGCUUGAAAGUCGAGAAAUGAAAUGGGGUGACAUUUCCCUUGGGACAGAUCCAACCACUGGCCGAGAAAUGCUUGUCUCCUCUGCAAGACUGGAAAAUCAGCCCAUGGCACCAGUCAGAAGUGUAGAAUAUCACAAAUUUCCUGUUAAGAUCUAUAAAGUAUUUAAGAGCCACAGACCAAUGGACAUGAACAACCCUGACUCACCUUUGUACUUGGCAGUAAAACGCAGGUACAAACCUAGCAACCAGGUUUGGUACAUGAGGAGAGCACAGGCAGUCAACAAAAUUGGUACAAAAAGUAAUUAUUAUCCCCAGCAGCCUGCUAUUGACAAAUACCUUAAAGAGCCCUGAAAUUUUCUUAACUCGCUUCUGAUCCUUGCAUUAAUCUCAAGUAAUCUCCAGGUUUUUUCACAGGCAUCCCACACUAAGUAUGAGAGUCAGUCUCGUGUGAUAUAU